CAACGGCUGAGUUUCCUUUUCACCUUUGAAAGCCAGCACUACCCCCCACAUCCAUACGCAAGGUAGCGACAGGCCAAUGACAGAGAACGUCCCUCCGUCCACCGCGCCCUCCGUGCCUGGCACAACCGCCGCGACUGGGCCAGGUGCAGCAGACCAAGCUCCUCCGACGCGCGGAGUACCAUAUUACGAGAAACUACGCAAAGAAUUACGUGACACGCUCCAGAAGAAGAGGUUACUUGACAGAAAUCUCGCAACCCUAGAAGAAUCAAUCUACCGCUUCGAGCAAUCCUACCUCGAAGAAACCGGCGCCGGAAAUAUAAUCAAGGGUUUUGACAACUACAUCAAAGGCUCCGCAGGAGCGUCCUCACUCGGCGCUGCAGGUGGACUUGGCUCCUCCUUCGCGGGUGGCACCUCUGGAGCGGGCGGCGGAGGGCCCACAACGAGAAGGAAAGCACAAGUGUCAGAUCUAGACAGGGUGUUCUCCCGGAGUUCAGCGAGUUUCAUGAGGGACUCUCCCGCUCCUUCGAGCGCACACACCACGCCUUCCCAUGCCCCUACACCAACCUACUCCGGCUCCAGCGGCAAAGCCGACAGAGACGCCAAAGAUUCAUCUGCGCCAAACAGCGUGAAGGGCGCGGCGAGCAAAAACAAAAAGAAAUCUGCCGGAGCCGCUCGCGAAAGAGAAGAUGACGAUGAUGGUGGGGAGACGAAACCACCCGUGAAACGGCUGAAAAUUACAUAUGGCAGGGGAGACUGAAAGGGAGAAUGGCACUGGGCGGUUUUAUGGUCGUUUCUCAGCUUCGCGACAAUGACCCUGAGCAAUAGACUCGCUGGUUCUGUCUGUGGAAUCUAUUCUAGAGGAUCUGGAUUGAGCUUUUAUAUCUUACUUGUUUAAAGGUUGCAUAAGCGAUGGUUGGUCUCGGGGAGUUCCAUCGGUUGGUAGUUGCGGCGCAACAGUGUUGUUAUUAUAUAUGUGGUGAGGUGAGCG